UACUUUAGCUCUCGCUCAAAACUCCCCCUCCAAACUUCAUUGCGCGUGAUCAGGCGUUGAGAUCUGCACUGCGAACCCACCUCUAGGAGUAGACGAAGAGCGUCGCGUUCGACCGAAGAUACGAUUCAUUCAUGCACAAUCUCCCAGGUCCUUCAUCUGAGCUGAGUGGUGCGAAAAGGCCAUCCUAUUGCUCCUUUUCCUAUAUCUAUGAUCGGAAGCCUCGUGACCGCGCCUGCUAAUAGCCCGCAUUUGAGGAAGGCAGGAAGCAGAACGGUCGUCUCUGAUCUUGAAUAUCUUUCAGGCGGUGAGCUUGGAAAUGGUGCUGAGGACGGCCCGAUGUAUUCAGUCAUUGCGGAUGAAUUGAAGAUUGCAAGCAUGCCGAUCAGCACUGCAGCAAUCAUGCCUUCUCCUAUCUUAUUGUGGAGAUUCAAGGUACUAUUAUUCUUCAUUUGGGGUUUCAUUUGUUGCAAGUUUGGAUGGGAUUCCGUCAUGAGAAUGAGUGUGGAUUUACGGGACCUGUUCCUCUAUGAGGCAUUUUUGUACUAUAACCCUCUUCUUCUUGUGACUAUGAUGGUUUGGCUUUGGGGUAUCAAUUUGUGGGUCUUUUCACAGGCUAAUGUCAAUUAUACUAAAAUUUUUGAUCUUGAUCAGAACCAUCUUACCCACAGAGAGAUAUGGAAGUGUGCUACAUGGAUGACAAUAAUUGUUCCCACAAGCAUGACAGCUUAUUUGUAUCUCUACUCUCAUGGAGAAGUGUCCUUGGCUGCUUCACAACCAGUUCUUCUGUAUGCUGCUGUUGCAAUGGUGUUGAUAUUUCCAUUUGAUAUUUUCUAUUUGUCGACUCGCUUCUACUUGUUAAGGACUCUUUGGAGGAUAGUUUUUCCACUUCAGGCAAUAAGCUUCUCCGACUUCUUUUUGGCUGAUAUUCUGACCUCCAUGUCCAAGGUUUUCUCAGAUUUGGAACGCUCAGUAUGUCGGAUGGUCCAUCGACAGGUCGCCACUAUUGCUUGGUUUGAAGCUGAUUCUGUCUGUGGAAGCCACUCUGUUGCGAUUCCUAUUGUUUUAGUGUUGCCAUACCUUUUUCGUUUGUUCCAAUGCCUCCGACAGUACAAGGAUACUGGAGAAAGAAACACUCUUUUGAAUGCUUUGAAAUAUUCGACAGCCGUGCCGGUGAUUUUUCUUUCAGCCCUUAAAUAUCAUGUAUUCCCUGAAAAGUGGACAAGUUUUUAUCGGCCUCUCUGGCUUCUCUCGAGCGUCCUGAAUUCUUUGUAUUCAUUUUAUUGGGACGUGACCCGAGAUUGGGACUUGAGUUCCUUCACUCGGAUUUUCAAGUUCAGCAAACCAAGCAUGGUCUCAUCGCUUCUGUAUGCACGAAAAUGGGUUUAUGUUUGGGUGAUAGGAAGCAAUCUGAUCCUCCGUUGCACGUGGACGUACAAAUUGUCUGCCCAUCUCCGCCAUAACUACCUCACAGUUUUCGCUAUCACUGCCUUGGAGAUGCUUCGCCGGUUCCAGUGGGCUUUCUUCCGUGUCGAAAAUGAGUGGAAUAAAAUGAAUUCCAAGUCGAAUAUUCAGCUCUCCAUGACAGAAAUAGGAAAUGAGGAAGACAAAUUACUCACGUCCAGUGACCACCAUGUAUAAAUAGAAAUUCUGCUCGUUUGCUAGAUAUAUUAAGGUUCGUCAUUGUUAAACUCGCCAUAUUUGGCCAAACAAUCAACGGUGACAAUUUCUCCAUCCUCCAAUUUUGCACCAAGAUGAGAAUUCUUUCGAGCUUGAUCAUUGAGGCUUCUAGAUCACCGCAUGCAACAGAGAUUUCAGUUCAUUUGACGACAUGUCUCUUUCAAUUGAUAGAUAGGUUAUUGGG